CGGGUAUGACCUUUUUGGUACGAACGACUGACUUGAUUUUUCCCCGUCCGCGCCAUGGCAUCGCAGCCGACCUUCCACAUCCAUCUCAUCAGUGGCCUAGAGUUCGAGGUGCAGCCGAGCGGAACUUUGGUAAAGGACCUGAAGGAGCAGAUUUCCAAAGUGCGGGGGAUCCCCUUGUAUGAUCAAACCUUAGUGGUUGAUGGCAAUGAGUUGCAGAACUUCGACAAGGUGGAUCCGGAGGGCUCAGUUUUGCUGGUCAUCGGCGCGUCGCAAGUGAAGAAUCUGGUGCGUGACUAUAUGCUGAACAUCCAGGGUCGCCGGCCUUACCGACCUAUCUGGGGUCGACUGCCUGAAACGGAGACCAAGGCGCUGGUGCCCGACUGCCUGCAGGGUGUUCGGCACAUGUUCCAGGCCUGGCCGGAGUUUCGGAGGCCCUUCUUCACCGAGGAAGAGGUGGAAGACUACCUGACUCGCAGCGCAAGCUGUAAGAUGGCACUGCAAUCUGAGAGCCAACGAAAUGCCCAGUUCACCGACCCCUACGAGCAGGAGAUGUUGGGCUUGCAGGAGGGCGACAUUCCAAUGAAGGUUCUCUUGGACUACAAGGAGCGGUCCUGGAACCACAUCACAACACUCAGCGUGGAAGAUGCACAACGCAUAUCGCAGGAGAGAGAUCGCUUGGUACAGGAUCCCUUGGACCAGCACGUGUUGAGUAGCUGGGACAGCUGCGUCAGAGCUGUUCGCACCUGGCAUGGCUGCUCAGCGGCGCACAGCGAGGAGGGCCGCCACUCUCUCGAGACAUCAGAUCCCCCGUGGCUGGUGCUGGCCAUCGACUGUCACGCCGUCGGCGUGGCGUUGAUGGGCCGCAGCCGGUCUCCCGGCGCUGCGUGGCAAGCGGUGACGGCGACGGGAGGGCCGUGGUGGAAGGCCCGCUCAUCUACCCUGGAGAAGAUGGAGAGAGAGAUGCUAUGGACUGCCAGCGGCUGGCAGCAAGUCAUGGUGAAUGACUUGAAGCUGGAUCUGGAUCACAAGAAAUGCGCAUUCUUGAUCUUGGAGCCAGUCAUGGGCGUCGCCAGUGCCACGCGCCGGAAAGAGAUUUCGAAGUCGCUCAACGAGCUGGGAGUCGCAGCCAUCGGAUUUGCAUCCUCGUUGACGAUGCUCGCGGCAGGUGCAGGCGCAGGCGCACGGGCAGGGCCUCCAGGGAGAAGUGGGAUGUGCAUCGAUGCUGGCCCCAAUUCUGCAAUCUUUGCGCCAGUUUUUGAGGGCUUUUUGCUGACUGAUGCCAUGAUCCAAAUAGAUCUGGCUGCUGGCACAGCUGGAGAGGAGGCAUUGGCAAGGACCCUUGAACAGAGCCUGGCACGAUGCCCCAUCGAUGCACGACGUCGUGUUCGAAGGAACAUCAUGGUGUACGGGGAAGACUCCCGGAAUCCACGCUGGCAGCGCCUGGGUGAAGGUCGGACCUUCGAGGCAGAUAUUAUCUACCUUGGCAUCAGCUAUGCAAUCCGCAACACCAUGUACCGCCAUGCGAUCUUUGCCACGCCGGGGCAAUAUCUUGGAACUGAAACGGACGACGUCAAUUCAAAUAUAUAAAA